ACCCUGUACAUUAGUGCACUCGUUGUGCAAAAGUGAGAGAUGUAGACACUGUGGGGAAGGAGUGGUUCAAAUUUGAAAACAGACUCUAUUCAGGGUUGCAGCAAAAUUCCGAACAUGCACCCUGACCUUAAGUCAUUUACAGUUUUGUUUUUUGGAAAAGUUGCAGAAUAGACUUAUGUAUUUCCAGCAAAAUAUUUUUGAAAUCCAAGACCUAUUAAAAACAAUACGGACGUUUUUCAGCCCACCCUGUUCAUUCCAACUAAUGUGAUUCACAUGUGGACGCGUCUCACUGGGCUCAGCCAUCUCCAUAAUCACCUAUCAGACUUCACUACAGGUACUGUUCAUUCAUGUGAAUAAAUGGGACCUAAAAAUAGUUUUGUAUAUCAACUAUCCAGCUCAGUGAACACUGUUUGGAUGUGGUUUGAGCUUUUUUAUUUAUUAGUUAUUAUUUAAACGGGACAUCAUGUGGUUAUGAAUAGGAAGGUACUUUCAAGGAAAGCCAGAUAUACAAAGUUAAAGUCCAAAGGUCGAGCGUAACAAAAGCAUAGAAAUAUGGCGAGAAAGGGACUGGGAACAUAUAUUCCAGUUGGAAUUAUCAUACUGAGUCUAUACCUUGUGUAUUUCUGGUAUUCAAAUUUGGUAUUUGUAGAUACAAAUGCGGGAGUCGAGCGCCAUCAGAACGAUUUUCUAGGAGUGAUCAAGGAAGAUACUCGCACCAAAGGAGAUGGACCUUAUAUCACAGCAAACAGACGUCUCACCUAUACCACUAAUGUACUGACAUUGACUCUUGCUAACAAUAAAUCCCAUUAUGAACGUCAGCAGAUCGAAUCAUCACUUUUGCACGAAUUUUCUCCUGACAUCGAAGAUCGUGUACGGAAUUUGUUUAUCAAUGACACUGGAGAUAACGAUCAGCUUGAGUUUCAUGUGAUAAGCCCUGCCAUUUUGCCAUACAAGGGCAAUAUUAUGGUUGUGGCGAGAGUCUGGUUGAAUUACGAGCGUCGUUAUCACAUACGGGAUAAGGAGAUGAACCGAUGGAUUGACAAUUAUCUUUACACACAGAUGUUUGACGGCAAUAUGCGACCCUUAUCAUCAGGUAAUAUAUUAGGCAUCCCCGUGCCUGUUCAAUAUAGUUUGAAUACUGGCUGCUCUGAUGCAAGAAUUUUCAACUGGAUGGGGUCUCUCAUGAUCUUAUUUUACAUGGCUAUGAAAGACAAUGAAGGGACAGAUAUUGGACAUCUAUUCAUACUGGAUUACGAUCGUAACAUCCUGAGGAAACCGAAAAUUGUGGAUCACAAAAUUGCCAACAUUGAUUCAAAUUGGUCACCUCUAGUAAUAGAUGAUUCUCUUCAUUUCGUUUACACGUUGGAUCCAUUGAGAAUUCUAAAAUGUUUGAAAGAUGUACACAUGGAUAUAAUUUGCCAUUUCGUUACGUCUUUGGACACAACGCUACAGAAAUAUCCAUUCGAUGUCCACAGAGACAUUCUUCGCGGAGGCUCGCCUUUCAUGCCGUAUAAGGAAUCUUAUUUCAUCAGCGUUGCUCAUUCGACCUUGACAUACUUUACUCCGGAACAAGACAUGCCACAUCCUGUUUAUGGGGCGCACAUAGUCCUUCUCAAAGUAUACCCAUUCAGAAUCAUUCACGUGAGCGAACCGUUCAAAAUCCACCCUCGUAUAUAUGACAACAUUCCACUUGUUCGCAAACACUUCAUUCUCGCCCCAUUCUUCUACCCCACUGGUCUCAUCGUAGAGAAUAGCGACACUAUUGAUAUAGGGGUCCAUAUUAAUGAUUAUAGAGCAUUUAUAGUUCGCGUUACUGGAAUUGAAAACAUCUUGAAUAAAGCCAUGAAAUCAGAUAGCAGGAACGAUGACUCCAUGGUGACAUCUCGACCUAGAUUUAUACAAGAUUUUGUAAAACUUUCACUCAGGAAAUCGCAUUUUAAUCAAACUUGGACAAUUGAAGAGCAAAAUGGAAAGCAAAUUAUUUCUUGAUAAACAUGUCGGUAACGUCAUAACAUUCAUAUCGUUCUCUGCCAUAUGAACAUAUAAUUUGUUGUCGUAAGAUAUGUGAGAUGUUGUAAGAUGUGGUCUCGUUGUUAUGUUUGGUUUGACAUAACGGGCCUUACGGCAUCUCUCAAUCAAAUAUAUUUUUAUAAGAAAUCUACACUUUUCAGAUAAUACAACAUUUAUCACGUAUCCUUUAACUUUGUUCCAUGGAUCCAAUUUGAUUUUAAGUCCACAUAUAAUAAAGAAUAAUAUGAAAAUUGAAUAUUUUUAUUGAUAUAUCAUGCUAUUACUGAUGCUUUUUGUACUUUUAUUUACAGUUAUGAUUGGCAGGAUGUUGAAUAUAUUAGUGCUGAAUUUGGGACAUAAAGUCCCCUAGAUCUGAUUCUGAAUCUUGAAACAUUUGAUUCUUUAAAUCAAAAUAUUUAUAUUGUCAAUAACUUAUCGUGAUCGAACUA